AUUCCUGUCUUCCAAAGGCUGCGGUCUCAGGUGGUGCUAAAGAUCCACACAACAGCUUAGUGGUGGGUGGUCAAAGAAAAAGCAAAAUUGGGUCUGCUUUUCGUUCACCACCGCUCCUUUCCCUCGCACCAAUAGUGGGGUUCACAGUUGUUGCAGCCAGACGUUUCAGUAUUCAAAACUUUCACAACAAUUGCGACACCUCCUAAAGCUGGACCUUCUCAUUCAAACGCUUGCGUAGAGCUGAUGUUGCUGCCAAUUUAAUUCUUCCUUUGUGAUACGAUCAGUACGGCUUGACGCUCAAAUGCUUCAGAAUUAUCGUCCUCUACUGUAGGUUUCUGCUCUCGUUGUUGCUCUAAUAGGAAUCAGCCCAAUUGGCAUUCUACUAUAUUGCCACUACAAAGUUUCUUUGUGUUGUCUUCGAACUUGCCUGUCCAUGAUGGAAUAGGACCGACCUCUGCUUCCCGACUACGUCACUGAAAUCGAGCAUUCUGUAGCCAACCUCUGCACACGAAACUUGCGUUACAGCUGCUUAAGGUCUUUGCAAUCCUAUCACGAAGAGUCAUACUCAAGACAGAAAGGAAUGCCAUUAUGUUUUGGAAAAAUUAUGCUAAGCCAUGGCGGAAGCCAGCUCUCGACAUCAUUUGGUCUACUCCCUGCAGAUGGUCACCAACAGAGAUUGAAAACUAGAAGCAAGGGGUUGUGGCAGGAUUUGCACUAUCAUGUGGCAUGGAGUCCCUUGAGGGCAGCGACAUUCCGUCCGUCAGAAGGCAGAUUUUCACAUCUAUAUUGUAAAGCAACUGCAGAAGAACACAAGAUUGAUGUCAGCGUUGGUGCGACAAGCACUGAGACCCUCAGCUCGAGUCUUUCGGGUGAUGCUACCAUUCUUGAUACUAACGAGCCCAGCCCUAAACCUGCCGAAGGAAAUCCCAAUCUAGACGUACAGUUGGUGGAGGCCAAUGUGGGUCAUUCCGCGGCUACGAGUUCCAUUUUUGGGGCCGUGGCUCUAAUCACAGGAUCCAGCGUUGGUGCAGGAAUUUUGGCCCUCCCAGCUAUCACAGCACCCGCCGGGUUCAUACCAACAACCGCAGUUAUGAGCAUAUCUUGGGCGUUCUUGCUUUUGGAAGCGCUCUUGCUUGCUGAAGUGAAUGUGGAGUUGAUGCGAAAGCGAGAGCCUGGGGAGGAGCUUCAUUCGCAAGUGUUGUCUCUCAGAACCAUGGCAGAUGAGACAAUGGGUCCAUUUGGAGGACUUUUCACGACCGUUAUCUAUCUUAUGCUAUCAUACACGCUGCUUGUUGCCUACAUCUCAAAAUCAGGAGAGGUUCUCUCUGUACUCCUGAAUGUCUCCAAUCGAACUGUUGCAGAUGUAGUUUUUACAGUAGGCUUCGGCAGCCUGCUGUGUGUUGGGGGUGCCAAGAUGGCGGACUCCAUUAACCAAGUGCUCACCGUUAUGCUUCUUGGGUUUUUUCUGCUGAUUGUGCUCGGAGGUGGAUCGAUAGCAGACUGGACAGGCCUUGAGCACGUUGAUUGGGUUGUAGCUCCUCAAACUAUACCUAUUAUUCUGCUGGCCCUCGUUUACCAUGAUCUCACUCCAGUGAUCUGUGCGCAGUUGGGCGGUGACAUUGCCCGAAUCCGGAUUAGCUUGGUGUUGGGCAGUUUGAUUCCCCUUGCAAUGUUUCUGAGCUGGGAUGCGGUAGCCCUGUGCUUGACUCCACUUUCUGGAGCAACGGAUCCAAUCAAUGAAAUUAUUAGAAUAGGUGGUCCAGGGCCGGCAUUUGUUGUUGAGACGUUUGCGCUCCUAGCAGUCGCGACCUCCUUCAUUGGAACGGUAUUGGGGCUGUCAGAGUUUCUCCUCGAGCAAUUGGGCAAAGCACAAGGUCUAGCAUUGGAGAAGCUGUCGAUUCAACGUAAAACACCAUCAGCACUCUCCGAAUGGUUGGAUGUUAACGGUCCACGCGCCCUUUCGUUUUUCCUUGUACUUGCGCCUCCUUUGGCGGCUUCAUCACUCGUCACAGAUGCCUUCUUUUCAGCAUCAGACCUUGCGGGUGCGUACGGAAUGACAAGUUUGUAUGGUGUCAUCCCACCAAUCAUGGCUUGGAGCUUAUUAAAUUCAAGCCAUGAUAUUAUCGAAGAAACGUCUACAGUACAGAACUCCAAGGCCUCUCAGAACACGUCACUACUUGGUGGCAGGAUCACUCUUGCAACUAUUGGUGCUUGUGCGGUGGCAGUGAUUGCGGGUCAAGUAGCACUAGAUCUGUAUCCUCCGGUGCGUAUACCUGCUGGCACUACGACUGCCGUUUCAGCCAAGUUCGACCAGGAAGGCAGCUCCUCCACAAGUGUUGUGCUGAACCCACAGUCCCGUACACGUGUAGCACCUCCAAUUCUCGAAUAGAGAAGCGUUUGUAAUGCAAAUACUUCGACGUCUAGAGAAAGAUAGGAUUUUUUUUUGGUUUGAAAGCCCUCGUGUGGAGCUUGUAAAUUUGCUGUAAUGUAACUUUUCCUGUAACAAAUGUGUCUAGAAUGUGAACCAUGUGUUUCAAACGAAAAAAAUAGCCACUUUAGCAA